AUGUUAUUAACAGGUACGAAUUCCGUUCGCUGUACGCCAGCUUCCACGAUAAUUAUCCAAAUCAACACUGUCAUCAACUUCUUACGUUCACGUUAUCUUCAUUUAUCGGAUAAACAUUGUAUUAAUAUCGUACCUUGCUUUCCAUGUUUUAAACCAUUCUAUCCAUUAAAUACAUAUGAUUCUCUAUUAGAUAAUUUUGCUCAAUAUAAUGCUCUAUUAUUUGAUUUAUCUAUUGCUUUAAAUUUCACCAUCGUUGAUUUCCAUGUUAUGGAUCAUCACAUCGGGGUCGAUCGAAUGCAUCUUGACUUCAAAUAUACUAGUCUCGUAAAAAAUUCUAUUAUCCAUUAUUUUGAAUAUUUAUCAUCAACAUUAGCACCAUCACUUAUCAAACUUCCUGGUCGGUCCAAAGAGGCUGAAGCUCGUCACAACAAACGACGACAUAUUAAACUUCCUCUUAAACAACAACAAUUUUAUUUAACUCGUUCUAUUACAUCUUUAUGGUCAUUCAAAUCUAUCAAAAAUUAUUUACAUCAACAAAAAUUAAAACUCCAAAAAAUACCUCCUAUUUAUCGAACAACUCUUCGUUUUCAGUUUAAUGACCAUGUCGAUCUUCAAACAGCAGAAGGGGCUUUGCCUCAAGACGCAUUUUCUCAACAAUCUUAUUCCUAA